GUCGCGAGCAGUAACUCAAAUGGCUAGUCAAGUUUCCGAACGGGUAGAGGAAUAAACACCAUGGUGGAAGUGGAGAGCAGGUCUGAGCAGGUGUGGGUGUGAUCCCUCUACGAUUGGUCAACAAAGAGAACGACGGCCAGACAGACUGAGACUGUCACGGGAGAAGAAGAAUGGCUCGAAACGUUAACUUUGAUCUGAACCAUCCUCUCAUGGAAGCUGGACUGGAGAGCCCAGUGGAUGAGGAGGUUGUUCAUAACUCGUUCAACCAGCUGAUAGCAGAGCAGAGUCAGAAUGAACUGACUGACGCCUUCGAGCUACAGCAGCUGCAGAGAGACCUGGACGAGGAGGGUCAAGAUAAUGUGCCCUACCUGUCCAGCCCUGACUACAGGGAAAGGCUGCAGGGACAAAGAGAGGAUGAAUGGCAGGAUGAUGAAAGACAAACUGACCCCAUCAGAGGUGAACACUGGUCCUCAGCCACCUUGAAGAUCCUGUCAUCCAUGCCCAGUCGCACCAUCGGACGCAGCAGGGGAGCCAUCAUUUCUCAGUAUUACAACCGAACCAUGCAGCUUCGGAGACGCAGGCAGAGCAGACCCUCCAUCCGUGACUUCUCUCGCUCUGCCAGACCAAGUAUACGAGGCUACGGCAUGGAGGGAGACUGUACUGACACAGAAGUGACUAAAAGGGAGCGUUUGGUGAACAACCUGCAGAACCUUUCAGUGAGCGACAGAGUCAGGAUGCUCCGAGCAAUGCCCCUCAGUGUGGCUGAGAAGAGUGAACUCAGGACAUUAGCAUUACAAAAGGAGAGACGCAUAUUUUCUGGCAGUCAGAUCCCCUGUUGCAGUCAACUCAAAUAUUACAUCAUAAUUGCGGUGAGACAGAGCUGGUACAGCUGGUUGUCCUUCCUGCACUCCCUCCACUUGUGGCAAGUGGCGCUCAAGAGAGUGAGCGGGCGUUUCGGCACUGGGGUCCUCUCCUACUUCCUAUUUCUUAAGACCCUGCUGUUCUUCAAUCUCUUCCUGUUUCUAGUGACGGGUGCGUUCUUGGUGCUGCCUCAGGCAGUGCACCCUCCAGUGCUGCCUGCUGUGAAACGCUCCUUCUCUGGACUGGAGCUCCUUACCGGAGCAGGGUAUUUGUCAGACACAGUAAUGUAUUAUGGCUACUACUGUAACUACACACUGCACAGGAGCUGCAGGGAUGAUGGUCGAGAGCAGAAUAUCUCCUUGUCCAAUGGAACCAGGCUGGACUGCAUGUCGAAGCACCUGUCUUACAACAUGCCACUUGCAUACUUCUUUACCAUCGGAGUGGCCUUCUUUAUCACAUGCAUCAUCCUCGUGUACAGCAUGUCCAAGUCGUUUGGACAGAGCUUCCGAAUUGACAAAUCUCACAGUAUCCUGGCCGUGAAAGUCUUCUGCUCCUGGGACUUCAAGGUCAUCAAGAAAACUUCUGUCAAACUCAUGUCUGAAAAUAUCUGCACCCAGCUCAAGGAGCUGUUGGCAGAGGUGAACCAUAAACAUGUCAAGAAUACCGGAUGCCAGAAAGUGUGGAGACUGACGGUCCAAGGUAUAGCAUGGGCCAUCUGCAUAGCAGGCACCAUUUGCUGUGUGAUCGGCAUUUACUUCUUCUCUCAUUACAUGCACAAGAACCUCCAGCAAACUUCUCGUAGUCCUCUCGCCUCCCAGAACGCCUUGUUGAAUGAGGCCAGCCUGUUGGCUCUGCCUGUGGUGGUGUCACUCAUCAACCUGCUGCUGCCUGGCCUGUUCAACCUUGCGGCCUGGAUGGAGGACUACGAGUCACCUUCUGUAUGCACAUAUGUCGCCAUUGGCAGGAACUUGAUGUUAAAAGUGAGCGUUCUUUGCGUCCUCUGUUACCACUGGCUGGGUCGGGUGGCUGCUGACCUUAAUCACUUUAUGUGCUGGGAGAGUUUUGUGGGCCAGGAGCUUUAUCGCUUCCUACUAAUGGACUUCAUCUUCACUCUGCUGGACACCUUGUUAGGAGAGUUUCUUUGGAGGUUGUUUUCUAUGAGGGUGCUGAAGAGGAGGAGGAAACCUGUGUUUGAUAUCGCCAGGAAUGUCCUUGAACUCAUCUACGGACAGACCUUAGCCUGGUUGGGUGUUCUCUUCACUCCUCUCCUGCCUGUGGUGCAGCUUAUCAAGCUCUUGCUGCUCUUCUACAUUAAGAAGAGCAGUGUGAUGAUGAACUGUCAGGCUCCCAGGAAACCAUACAGAGUCAGCCAGAUGACCACCAUCUUCAUCACUCUCCUCUGCUUCCCCUCCUUCCUCGGUGCCUCUGUGUGCGUCACAUACACCAUGUGGAGUAUCACGCCCUCCUCUUCGUGUGGUCCGUUCCGUGGGCUCAAAACCAUGUUCCAGGCGGGGAAACGCUGGGUGGAAGAACUGGAAAAAGAUAAUCCUAACCUGUCCGUGCUGGCCAGGGCUCACUCCUACCUGGUGGAAAACCCUUUCUUCCUGUUUGUGGGAGCAGGCAUCUUUCUGAUAGUCAUCUACUUCCACAGUCAGGUGGUGGACGGUCAGAGGAAGAUCAUCAGUUUACUACAGGAGCAGAUAGAAAAUGAGGGAGAGGAUAAAAAGUUUCUCAUCACUCGCCUCCAGUCCAUCCAUGAGCAAAAACGAACCCCCGCUCGAAGACUCACAAGUCAGGACUCUUCCUGAACGAGCCUUCUCAAUUCUCUGAGCACAAGUCUGGAGAAAUCUUAAACCAGGGGUAAUAUAACUGGAACAUUAGCACCGAAGGACAGCAGUGAAUAUGACCAAAAUCAAGUGUAUCAUGCAUCUUGUAGAUUUUAAAUUUGGUGAGGAUUUUCAUUGCUGGAAUAUUUGUAGAGAGAAGGAACAAACUACGUGGAAUUAUCAGGUGAAACAAAGCUCUGCUUCAUCCAGUAGGCCACUAUAUAUACUGUAUAUGAAAUGUUUGAACUCAAACUAUAGGAAGUCAAAGUGAAGCCUGACAAUGCCCCUUGUAAGGCCAGUAGCUAUGUUUGACUAGUGAUAGAUAGAUGGCUGCUCAAGAACCGAGAGAAGACAAAACAGCAAAAGAGAGGAAGAGAACUGAACUCGUGUGUUUGCAAAUGUUUUUGAGUUUAAAAAAGUAAACUAAGCCGCAAGCAGCUGAUCCUGUCUGCAAGAAAACAGACUGUAUAACAGACAAAAGUUUAAAGUGUCCUCAUUUUAAAUAGAUUUUAGUCAUCUCUCAUAGAAGCACUUUCAUCCCAACUGUGAACUGUUUUUUUUAAUGCUUUUAAUUUUUAAAUUUUUUUUAUCAGUGUGCAUGUUGUAGGUAAACUUGGAUGUUGUGGGUGUGAGUAUGAUACUACUGUUAAUGAUGCUGUUUUUUUUUUUAAUUUUGUUUUCUUAAUUGUUGUUUUAGGGCAAUAACUGCAACUGUAGUGUCAUACUUCUGUAAUUAAAUUAUGUUUUAUCA